CCUCCUUUCAACAAUAUAUAAUGCCUUUCAUCACUCAACUACAUCUUCAUGAAUUACUCUCGACUCUGAUAAAAUCUCAUGUGAUCCCUUUUCUUUGUCUGAAUUGCGAUUGAGACACAUAAAUAUCUGAACUUGUGACCUUAAUGGAGUUUCUCAUUGGAUAGGUUCAGCUAUAAUCCCUAAUCCAUGUCUGCCCAAAGAGUCUCUUCUCGUUCUAGAGAUUCCAUCAGCAGUCUCCCAGACGAGGUCCUCGGUAAAAUCCUGUCUCUGCUUCCGACAAGACUUGCUGCUUCCACAUCGGUUCUGUCCAAACGGUGGAAGAAUCUUCUCCCCCUUGUAGACAGCCUCGAUUUGAGCGACGCGAUUGGCGAUCCACGUGGCUUCUCUGCAUUCGUGGACACAACUCUCGCUCUCUUAACCAACUCUUCAAUCAUCAAGAGAUUCUCUCUCAACUGCGAACACAAACACGACACAACCAGAGUGGACACUUGGAUUCGCACUGCCCUUGAGCGAUUCUCGGAGCUUCACUUGGAGAGCGCAUGUUUGCACGGUAUCAAAACAGAGUCCUUCACGAGCAACACGUUGCUCAAGCUCACCUUAUCUAAUGGUUUUUUUCUUUCUGGUCUUCCUCCUAAUGGCGGCGUGUUUUUCCCAAACCUCAAAACGCUUUCUCUCGUUUCGGUUGGGUUUGAGCCUUGUGAGGUGUAUGAGUAUCUCAUAACUGGCUGCCCUCUGCUUGAGGAGUUAUUCAUACGCUAUGCUUCUCCCUCGGAGUGUAGCUGGAUGGUUGUGAAUCAGUCCAUCGCAGUGUCGAGUCCUUCUAUUAAGAGAAUGUCCAUCUCUUACCCUUCUCGUGAUUACUGUGAGCCUCCCGCUAGUGAGGUGUUUAGGACACCGAGUCUUGUCUACCUUGACUAUUCUGGUUACGUGGCGGGACAUUAUCAUGUUGAUUUCACCUCGCUUGUCGAAGCUAGGCUGGAUCUUAGACGGGAGCGAGUUUUGGCUGUGGAGGAGGAUGGUGUUGAUGAUUCUAGUGUCGGUGGUUGGGAUGAGGAUGUUUAUGAUGAAGCUGUGGAGCAUAAUGCAGAGGUUCAUGAUGAUGAUAUAGAUGAUAAUGAUAAUGAUAAUGAUGAUGAUGAUGAUGAUGAUAGUGAUAGUGAUGGAGAAGAGAGUUUGCCUGAUGUUGCGAAUCUGGUUGAAGGGAUAAGCAACGUUAAAACUCUUCACUUGUCUCCUUAUUUUCUUGAGGUGUUUGACAUUUGCUGUAAAUCGAUGCCGGUGUUUCACAAUCUCCUUACUCUGUCUUUUGAGAGUGACAAAGAAAGAGGAUGGCAAGUGGUGCCACUUCUUCUUAAAAACUCUCCCAACCUGGAAACUUUAGUCAUCAAGGGUCUUGUGCACCAAGUUACAGAUAAAUGCGGGGACGCCUGUGUUUGCAUAGCUAAGAAAAAGAAGAAGAUGGAGGAGGAGAAAGUAUGUUGUUUAUCGACAUGUCAAGUGAAGGUGCUAAACAUUUCAGGGUAUAGAGGGACUGGUAGAGAGCUAAAACAGAUGAGGCAUUUCUUGGGAAAUUUGAAAUGUCUUGAAACUGUCAAGGUUGGUCUUGUAGCUGAGAAUCACCACGAAGACAACAGUGUUAACAAUCACUACCAGAGAAUCACCAAUGCUCUUACUAAGCUUCCCAGAGCUUCAUCAAAUUGUCAAAUCCAUUUCUUUUGAUUUCCCUCUUAAGAAGCAAAUUAUUAGCAUGUUUAAUGAAGAGAAACUCUACCUUUUCUACUAGGAUUUUCAAAGAUCUCAUGCUUUGCUAUUUAUUUGAGGUAGGAGAGCCUCAGUUUUGAGAAUAAGUUACGAGUAUGUCUCCAAUGGCAAUGCAUUUGUAGACCAUCUGCUUCAUCAUUUCAAGUCAAAAAAUUCUGGUGGCAAAAAAUUAAAGAGGAUUCAGAUCUAUCUUGAUUUUUAGAAAGCAUAGAUAGAUACUCUAUUGUUUAGGGUUUUACAUAAGCUACAUUGCAUCUUGAUAACCUUGAGCUUCCUUUUGUAAAACUGACUAAAUGUAGAGCAGUAGUUUUUAGACAAACGUGUAUUGGCUACUCAAUGAUCCACACCAACGCAACUAGUUGACAAACAAAAAGAAACUGUAUUCAAUACUCUUAAAACAUGACAAGGUUUGAAGAACACUGCACAACAAAAACUUCUAA